CAGGAAGCAAGAGAAAAAAGAUUAAAAUCAACCGAAACCUAUGAUGAAUACCCAUGUACUAUCAAAAAAGAAACAUUCAAAUUAGGUGACGAGUUAGGUUCUGUUGAUGUGUUAUUUUUUUGUCCAAACGAAUUUGAUAAAAGACAAAGUUAUUCAGCUGUAUAUUAUAUUCAUGGUGGUGGUUGGUGUCUGGGUGGUGGGAAUCAUAAAUUACCCAGAGAAAUAUGCUUUAGAACAAAUUCUAUCGUUAUUUACCCAUUAUAUAGUUUAGCACCAGAAGCUAAAUUCCCAAUUGCAAUUGAAGAAUGUUAUGGUAUAUUAUGUAAAUUAGAAAAAGAGUCAUCAAUCUAUAAUAUAGACUUCAAUACUUUAGUUGUAGGCGGUGAUAGUGCAGGAGGUAAUAUAACUAUCGCUUUAUCUAUUUUGUGCAAACAAAGAAAUGGCCCAAAAUUCAAAAAACAAAUUUUAAUUAAUCCAGCCACUGACGUUGAUUUUAAUAGAAGCUCAUAUUUAAAAUAUGGUAUGGGUGGCUAUCCUCUAACUUUAGACAGUACUAUACACUUUUAUAAUCAAUACUUGGAUUUCGAAAAAGAUAGGGGAAAUAUACUGGCAUGCCCUCUAAAAGCAACAAAAGAACAACUAUCAGAUUUCCCUAAAACUUUAUUCAUCCUUCCAGAAUGUGACUCAUUAGCGGAUGAAGGUUUAGAAUUUUAUCAAAACUUAAAAAGUGUUGGUGUUCAAUGCUCUUGUUUUGUUUAUCUCGGAGCCACUCACAGCUUUUUAACUUAUAAACAACUUCAAAAUACAAAAUCCUCAAAAGAUGCAGUGGAGAAAUUUAUCGAUUUUAUUAAUAAAUAA